GGAAGCCUGUCCUGCGCAUGUGCAGCAGGACUAGUUGGUGGCUCUAUAGACAUGUAUGUCUAUGACAACUGUACACCUCCAUUCAGCUGACUGUGUUACGGCGUUUGGUUUCAUAACUAACAACAGAAAAGAAAGGUGUAGCUCAUCAAAGCCUUGUCAAGCUUGUGGGCAAACUGGGAUCUGCGGGGAAAAAAACGAUCCCAGCACAACACCGGCUCAGAUGAUAGUGGUCCCUCCGCGGUUCGAAAACCAUGCUUCCCCGGGCGGGUAAAGACUUUCUGGUCCGCAUACGGUUCUCCUGGAGGCCGCUCUUCCAGGGCCGCUACCUGCUGCUCACCAACACCCUGAGCGGAGGAGUCAUGCUCUCGCUGGGGGACAUCCUGCAGCAGACCCGAGAGAACAGCAGGACGCCCGGCAGGGUCCGAGACUGGGGAAGGACAGGACGUAUGUUUGUGGCCGGCUGCUCCAUGGGCCCACUGCUCCACUACUGGUACAUCUGGCUGGACAGAGUCUACGUAGGCAAAGCGCUCAAGACCUUAAGCAAGAAGGUUCUGGUGGACCAGCUGGUGGCCUCGCCGACACUGGGAAUGUGGUAUUUUUUAGGAAUGGAUCUCCUGGAGGGACGCACUUUAUCUGAAGGAUGGGCGGAGUUUAGAGGCAAGUUCUGGGAGUUUUACAAGGCAAGUACCCCCUGCUGGGAUAUGAUGUCAUACCUCUACAGUUCAGAGGGGAUGGUGGACUGGUGUGUUUGGCCCCCGGCUCAGGCCAUCAACUUCUACUUUCUUUCGCCCAAAUUUCGUGUCGUGUACAUCAAUUUUAUCACCUUAGGGUGGGACACCUACCUCUCCUAUCUCAAACACAGAGAUGACAGCCAGCACGGUGAACUGGCACCCGACAGCGGUGCUGCAGAUUCAAAGCAGGAGGAGCCGCCGCCGUCUGAGCCUGUGGAGACGAAGACCUAGAUUCCAUUCUCUCCCAUCAAGACGCAAAACGUUUUGUUCCUUUUUUUUUUUCCUUUAGUUUCUGACGCUACGUCCUGAUGCCACACUGUCGCGUGCGGCCGGCAGAGGCCACGUUCCUCCACCAGAGCAGUUCUGGAUAUUAACGUUCAUGUUCCAAGGCACUUUUCUCUUCAUGCCUGAAUGACUUUCAUGCAUCUCUGUCCAGUUUGUCUAUUUAUAUCUGAACGAUGUGCACUCCUGUAGGAUCAUUCAGGGACAAAAUGCAGUUUCACUGCCUUCAGCUACUGCACUCUGGAAUCAGAAAAUACGCACUGAGAACGGGCGGCGUCAUCCUUGUGCGAUGUUGCAUCCAAAGCUUAAAAUUGGCUUUGUUGUCACUUUGUUUCUCUACUGUAAGAAUCAGUCCUGAGAAAUGCUUUUUCAAAUGUCAAGCUCUUUUGACCUCUGACUUUGCCUUAAUCCAUAGUUUGGUAUUUAUAUUAUCAAAUAAUGUAAUCUCUACCUAUUGUGGUUAUCCUGUUCAGGAACCUGUGAAGUGCCACAUGAUUGUCAAUACUGUACAGUAUUUAUUUACUGUAUUUGUCGCUGCAUGUUAGAGCCUUCGUUAUUCAUCAUAUCAGGCAGAACUACCAGCCCUAAAUCUUAAAUACUGCUGAGUGAAGGGCCAAAUAAUCUUUUGUUAAUUGUAGAGUGAUCUUACACAUGUUUUAAAACUGUACGAAUAUAUAUUUUCAUCUAGAAUAUAUGAAUGCCAUGUCUUUUUAUUGGCCGGUCCAAUGUUAGUGGAGGAAAGAAAACAGCAAGUGGGAAUAGUUGUUUUGUCAUCUCCAUGUAAAAUUGAUUAAACAUUAUUUUAUUAAUGUAUUUUUGUUAUAAUUUGAAAGUCUGUCAUAAAAAUAGAUGAAAACAUUGAAUGAAACAGC